AUGGCGACUUUUAAUUUAAAAACAGCGUUAAGCUUAUUACCAGUUAUGGAUGGAGAUGAAAAGGUGACCAGGCAGUUGAUAGACAACAUAGAAUAUUACGAAUCAACUCUCUCGUCAGCUGACUGUAAAAAGAGCUUGAUUAAUUUUGUACUCAAAAGUAGGCUCUCGCAACUGGCUAAACUAAAAUUAGAGGAAAAAUAUUCAAAUGUCGAGGGUUUAAUAAGUGAUAUGAGGUGUAAAUUACUACCGCAAAAGGCUGCAACGACAAUACAAUCAAAAUUACAGCAGAUGCGACAAGAUAAUUUAACCAUUUCUGAUUAUGGACAGGAAUUGACGCAAUUAUUCGUAGACCUAACGAUUACGCAGGCCAAUGGCAAUAGUAAGAAUUAUGAUGUUUUGAAACCGCUCAAUGAAAAGAUAGCCAUAAAAAGAAUCGCUGAUGGGCUGCGGAAUCGUCGCAUAAGCACCAUUAUAGCCGCCAGAGACUUCACAUCAUUAAAAGACGCGGUACAAGCCGCCCUGGAUGAAGUUGCUACAACCCCAGGAACAGGCGUUGUCGAACUACCGUGGCAACACUAG